AUGCUAGAAAAGGCUACGCAUGCUGCCGAGCCGCUCACGGCAACGAAUAGCCGCCUCGCUCUCUCGCUGUACCCCCCUCACGACUCGACUUGCUUCACGCCUGGCACGACCAUCUACCCUACCGUGCGGAUCAAAGGCGACGCCAGCUACGAACACCUGUCUCUGCGACUCGUUGGCGAAGCGCGGGUGACCGUCUGGGGCAAGGCUCGAUGGCAAGCUGGCGCGGUCAUGAACGCGACGAUGGGCGGUCCUGCUGGCGGCGUGCCCGUCACGAGUAUCGAGCGACGACAGUUCGUCUGCGUCGACAUCCCGCUCACCUCGUCAUCGAACGCUCGAGCGGCGGCUUACGGUGGAGACAUUAAGGAGAAGGGCUCAGCAGAGGGUUUGCCGGAGGAAGGCGUGUACGAGGUCCAGGUUCCUUAUCCCGAGGAUGGAGAGCUGUUGCCCUCUUUCGACAAGAAGGAGACUGACAACGCUGGCGCCUCUGUCGUCUGGUACCUCGAGCUCGAGGGCGCUCGGAAAGGCUGGUUUCGCGCGAAUGACAAGCUCAAGCUCGAGCUUCCUGUGGCCUUGCCUGUGCAGGCUACACCGCAAUCUCUGGAGACGACGGUGCACAGGGACCUGAAGUUCCAGGGGAACGACUCGUCCGCGCUGGCUGUCACUACGAAACUCACCUGCGAGCCGAUCACGACACCCGCCUCGACUCUCCAUUUCUCGCUCGCUCUCACCCCGUCAACCUCCUCCGCCUUCCACCUCCUCUCCUCCGCUCUCUCCUCCUCCUCCUCAUCCUCAUCCGACGCAACGCCACUCAAAGCCUCUUCCUCUCUCUCACGCCAAGUCCGCACCGCGCCUAUCGUGAACCCGAACAGCGGCACAGACUUCAAGUUUGCCUCGAUCCGGAUCGCUACGGGCACGCUUGAGCACGAUGAGAAGCUGCAGGGAGAACGGCUGGUGUGGAGAGGGGAGGUGCAAGUGCCGCAGGGAGACUGGACUGUGGAGAGCAAGGGAUUGGAUGUCAAGUACACGCUCAACUGCCACCUCCACUCGACCGUUUUCGCCCAGGCAGCCCUGCACAUCUCGCUCCCGCUCUUCCUCCCGUCCGCGCCGGCGCCAGUCGACCUUUCCGCCUCCGACCAGCCCGUCGCCAGCUCGUCCGCCCUCCCGCCGUACUCUGUAUCGUAA